AUGACAGAUUAUUUUUCAAAAAGGGUAGAGGCAAAGGCAUAUAAAAAGAUCCAAGAAAAUGAGGUAAUAGAUUUUAUUUGGGACCAUAUCAUAUGCAAGUUCAGGGUGCCAAGGGAAAUCACAUGCAAUAAUGGUCCUCAGUUCGUGGGGGAAAAGAUCACCGAGUUCCUAGAGAGGUUGAAGAUCAAGCGUAUAGCCUCCUCCCCGUACCACCCAUGCGCGAAUGGUCAGGCAAAAUCCACCAACAAGAUCUUGGUCCAGAACAUCAAGAAGAAACUGAAAGAUGCCAAAGGAAGGUGGCCAGAGGAAUUGCUCGGAGUGUUAUGGGCAUACAGGACCACAGCUAAAACCAGCAUCGAGGAAACUCCGUUCUUCGUGGUGUAUGGGGCAGAAGCCCUAAUACCCAUAGAAAUUGGAGAGCCUAGCAUCAGGUACACCCAUACUACGAAGGAGUCCAACCAGGAAGUAAUGGCAAUUAAUCUAGAUAUGUUAGAAGAGCACAGGGAGAAGGCGCUCAUAAGAAUGGUGGCACAAAAGCAGAGGGUCGAAAGAUAUUUUAACAGAAAGACGAAUUUGAAAGACUUCAAGGGUGGUGAUUAUGUCCUACGACCUAGGAUGUCUAUGCAGGGACUGCCCCUAGAAGGACAUGUUACAAUUCAACCCGGGAUGCGCGUUGCACUCUUUUCCUUAACCGAGGUUUUGUCCCAAAUGGGUUUUACCAGUAAGCUCCAAGGUGGUCCUCAGGGCUUAAAGACCCUUUAUUCUCUAUCCGGAGCUAGACAAGAUCAUCUUGAAGGCGCUGGUUCUGCUCCGUCAGUUUCUCCAAAUCACGAGAGGAAGAAGGAGGCAUGCCCUUGA